CUAUUAGCUUCAAAAUAACUGGCAGAAACUAUCAAAUAUUUUAUUUUAUUCAGUAAAAAAGGCCUGUUUUCCUUGUGUUCCCAUGAAAUUCUAAAGAUAUCCACAGAAAUACACCUCUGUAGUCCUUAGAAUGUUGAUAUCCUUGCUUGUACUAUGUUAAACUAUUUUAUUAAACUUUCAGAUGCAUCUACAUGUUGUUCGCUCUAGUUCCAAUUACAGGAAGUGAAAAGACUAAAUGGCACUUAUCAAUAAAACAACUCUCCAGGAUCAUUCCUGCUCGCUAAGCCAAUUAUUACAUAAAAUACUUUCAUUUUGCUUGGUCAUGAUUGCUAUUGGCUCCUUGGUUAAACUGCAGUUUCUGGACCUAAGUGACAAUGCUCUUGAAAUUGUGUGCCCUGAGAUCGGCCGCCUGAGGUCUUUACGUCAUCUUCGAUUGGCCAACAACCAACUGAAAUACUUACCUGCAGAAGUCGGAGACCUGAGGGAGCUGCAGACCUUGGACAUUUCAACCAAUCGUUUGAUAGCUUUACCUGAAAGGCUGCAUAUGUGCCUUUCCCUGCAGUACCUGAGUGCUGACGGGAAUUAUCUAUGGUGUGUCCCCCGCCACCUCUGCCAACUCCCUAGCCUCAAUGAGCUGUCCAUGGCUGGAAACUGUCUUGCAUUUCUGCCACUUGAUUUAGGUCGUUCUCGAGAACUGCAAUAUGUUUAUGUGGAUAACAAUAUUCACCUGAAAGGGCUCCCUUCUUAUCUGUAUAAUAAAGUCAUUGGUUGCAGCGGCUGUGGCUCCCCUAUUCAGGUUUCAGAGGUGAAGCUGCUCUCCUUUUCAUCGGGACAAUUAACUGUGUUCCUCCCAGCAGAGGUGAAGUCUAUAGGGACAGAGACCGAUCAUGUGCUGCCUUUGCAAGAGCUAGCCAUGAGGACACUCUAUAACACCUACUACAGGUUUUUAAAAGAUUUCAGCUUCCUGACUCCAAUCUCAUUACCUAAAAGUCUCUUGGAAUUACUGCACUGCCCUCUGGGACACUGUCACCGUUGCAGCCAGCCCAUGUUUACCAUUGUCUACCCAAAGCUCUUUCCCUUGAGGGAGACUCCAAUGGCAGGCCUGCACCAGGGGCGGCAAACUGUUAGUUUUGUGGCAUACUGCUGCUCCACCCAGUGUCUGCAGACUUUUGACCUACUGAGUUGAUAAACACUUAAAGCUACUCAGGAGCGUUGCCAGCUUAAAGCUGCAUUAGGCUGUGUAUCUCGUUGGUACUGGAAUACUGUAUGUUUUGUGUACAUGUGUGCAUACUCCAAAAUAGCAGAAAUGCUCAGUCAGGACACUAAGAGGCACUUAAAUCCUGCCCUAUCAAUUUUGGAUGAGCUGCAAAAACUUUUUGGAAAUGUAACGAUCAAGCUUUUACAAGUAUUAACACCUUUGCUCUCCUCCAGGACAACGUAUAAAUCAAACUAAUUCAAGGGGCUCCGUCUCCAGUAUUUUUUGUUAGUGUUUUUCACAUGUGGAGCUACUUAGGUUGAUAUUUCAUGUCAUUUAAAGAUGUUGUAGUUCUUGAACAGUGUUAAAUGGACGCAUAAUUUAAAAAAUAUAUCUCCCACAUGGCAGCCCAGUUUUCACUUGUUACUUGUAACUUUCUCCCACUACCACCAGGAUUAGGGGUAUACAGGCACGCAAGGACAGCAGCAAUUUAAGGAUCCCAGUUACAUUUGUGUGCCAUUUUCUCUUCCCUGCCCCCACUCCCCUCAAUAGUUUCCCCAUCAAAGAGCUCUUACGGCAGUAGCUUGAGCCUUUGCAUCUGACUGAUGUGUUCAAAUCCACCUACUAAAAGCAGUACCUUCCUUCCAGACAUCACUGCAAGACACAGCCUCUCCUGGAGGAGUGGGGGGUGAGCAGGGAGAACUCAGCCUGCUUUUGAAGUGAAGGCCUGCAUGGAGCUGCUCUCUCAGGUUCUAGGAGAUCAGUAUCUUUGUUUGUAACACUGAUUUAUUUUUGAAAUAGCUGUCAUCUUGCAUGAAAAAAUCAGAGAGAUACAUACAUAUUUUCCAUAUUUAUUUUCUGUCUGCUGACGAAAAUCCUGGAGUAGUUUGAGAGGUGAACAGUGAGUCCUGUAAUCUUGCUGAGAGCUGGCCCCUGUAUCUCUGGGUUCAAGGUUUGACUGAUUUCCAAAACAGCUUGUCACGUAUCUUAACAUUAAAGGAAUAUGAGAAAAACAUUC